AUCAAGUUUCAAAAUAUAGAAAUCGUAGUUCAAAAACUGCAUCAAAACACCAUCAACCUCUCUGUGAAGAAUCUGAAGAAAAAACAAACCAAGAAUACUCAACUUUCAGAGAAAAUGGCAGCAAGAAACCAAACUAAAGACCUGAAAUGUGCCACACAUCUCUUGAAUGAUAAGUUCAGAAACAUGACUGAGGAGAAGAAGGCGAUUGUGAGGGAUCUUGGAUUCGGUGGGUUGAUGCACAUCCCACCACUGAGGGUGGAUCACCAACUCUUAAGGGAGCUGGCAAACAACUUCAAACUUGGGGAGAACAAACUGAAGACAGGAUAUGGUUCUUUCCAUAUAACCCCAAAAAAAAUAGGUGAUGCGCUUGGCAUCAAUGCAACAGGAGAUCUAUUUCCUGAGAAAGUUGACUAUAAGAAACUUUCUGAUGAUGACAAAAUAAUUUAUAGAAGAUUCCAGGGUAAGACCCUCAAAAGUCUUACCGAUGAAAUGAUGGAAAUCGGCGUUGGCAACGAAGAGGAACGCCUGAUGUUCAAGAGGAUAUUCAUCCUCUACAUACAGAUGGCGUUCCUUUUGCCAACGACGAUAAACAAAAUAUCGCCCGUGCACCUGGUCCCAAUUUUUAAGAUGGACGGCAUAGAGGAGAGAAACAGGGGGGGCAUAAUGGACUCAAGAAAAAGAAAGCAGAGGCAAGAGGAGUCAGAUUCUGAUUCAGAAUCUGAAUCUGAACCAAGUGAUGAGAGCGAAGAAUCAUCACCUGCGGAGAAGGAGAAGAAAAAGAAAAAAACAAAAACAACUCCAAAAAAUGAGAGAUAUGAAAUAUCAAGUGACGAACUCGAUGAAUGGCUAAUGGAAAACGUUGAUAAAUCUGCUGCAGAGGGGGACAACCAAGCUGACCUGCGAUCGACAGAAGGUCGCUAUGUGUCCUCUGAAACACUACCGGCUGUGAACUUGAGAAGUGAUGAUCCUUCCUCUCAAGGACGCACAGAACAGAGUAGUGUAAACCAACCGUCUCAGAGCAUGUUGACUCCGACUAAUUCGAAUAUGAUGGUUGUUAGGGAACAAACACCGUCGGAAGCGCUUGCAAUAGUCCCGAUCCAAUUUUUUGUGCCCCCAUCCCAGCAAACAACCACUGACGCAGAUUCCGAACCAACCCCUAUGCUACAGAUUGAAGGGGCUAGAGAAACCACUCCUGAAACCCCCAAACAACUUCAAGAAACAACACCCAAGCUUCCCCCAGCUCCAACAAAAAUUCAUCCAGACGCCGAGGAAGCUGCUGCCCUGUUGAUGAUGGCACGGACAGCAAGCUAUGUUCCUAAAACAGAUCUGCCGAUGCCAUCAUUCAGCCUUGGAUUGACAGAUUCAAGCCAGGAGGGGGCAUCGACGCAGGAGACAGAAAGGGAAAAAUCUCCAGAAGCUGCAACUAAAAAAUUAAGUUCGCAUCCAUAUACUGUUGAAAUGUGGCAAUCCUUCAGAUUUUUGCUCCUGUUUGCCACUCGGGACAUUGGUGGUUAUGGCUGA